AAUCAUCCAUCCAAAUCCAAGUUCACAUAGUUAAUUAGUUAACUAAUCUCUUCUUAAUUUUGGGGUUAGUUCUUAAUUAACACUUGUUAAUUAAGAUGCCACCCGUACAAACCUCACCAAUAGGAAAGGAACGUACUGCUCAGUCCAUGAUUAGUCAAGAUCACAGUGAAGUUAAUGUUAAUCCUUCUGCUAAUAAGUUGGUGUGCAUACUUAGCAUAGACGGUGGUGGUGUAAGAGGUAUCAUCCCAGCAAUUAUUCUUGCAUUUCUUGAGGAAGAGCUCCAGUAUCUUGAGAAGAACAACGGGCCAGCAGCCAAUAACAUGCCUAGGGAGUCGAUGGUAGAGGAAUACUUUGAGUUGAAGGUAGGAGGACCAAACAUAGAGGGCAAAUCAGGACGUUCUACUAAAUCUAUUGAGGAUGCGAGUCGUCGCCAAAAGGCAAGAAUUGCAGACUAUUUUGACGUAGUGGCAGGAACAAGCACAGGGUCUAUCGUGGCGUCCAUGCUCACAAUUCCCGACGACAGCAGCCCUCCUCGUCCCCGAUUCACUGCACUCGAGAUCAUAGAUUGCUAUUUGAAAGAUAGCCAACGCAUCUUCAGCGAGGACUCUAAAAUUGCCGAACGAGGAGUUAAAAGUAGAAAGACAGAACUCUCAUUCAGCUGGAAGGGAUUCAAAGAAUUGUGUAAAAGAGCGGUAUCAUAUGCUGGGGAUAAGCUGAGUAAGCCCAUUUAUGAUCCUAAGCAGCUUAAGGAAGUCGUGCAUGAAAGAGCUAAAGAUAUUUCCCUAGACCAGACUGUAAAGCCUCUCAUUAUUCCCUCUUAUAGCUUGAAUAAGCUUGUACCUCACAUCUUCUCCACUGAACUGGUAAUAAUGAAACGACAAAAGAACAUGCCUCUUGCGGAUGUAGUUCUAAGCUCCACCGCAGCCCCUAUUUAUUUUCCUGCACAUUCUAUCAAAAUUGAUAACGAGACCUAUGAAUUCUCAGAUGGUGGGGUGGCGGCCGCCAACAAUCCCGCCUUGAUUGCAAUUGGGGAAGUAGUGAAAAGGGGAGGGCAGGUGGCGACCUUCAGCAACUGUCUCCUUUUAUCUUUAGGAACGGGACAACCGCCAAAAGAAGCACAAGCCAGAAUAGUAAAACCUGCCUACGAUGGUGGCUUUCUGAAUUGGUUAAUGCCAGGCGCAGGGAGAGGUGCCACACCGCCCAUCAUCGACAUACUCUUUGAUUCCAUGGGCUUCAUGGUGGAUAUAUACUUGGCACGUAUCUUUCGUGGCCUCAACAACUAUUUGCGCAUCCAGGAAUAUGAAUUGAAUGAAGAGCUAAUUGACAUGGAUGUGGCUUCACUUGAUAACCUCUACAAACUAGGCAAAACAGCAAUAGACCUAAUGACGAAGCCUAUAUCAGUAAUAGAUCCCGACACUCUUGAAUUUGACAAGAGUGCUGAUCGUCCUACUUACAGACAAGCAAUGCAAGAAUUUGCUGAAACGUUGUGGAGGGAAAGAAAACGAAGAAAUAUGAACGGAUCUGUUCGUAAAAAUUAAAGAAGAAAGACACUACAAGUGAGAGGGCCCAAUUUGUCUUCUUCGUCUUCUUCUCUAUGAAUGAAUAAUUAUGCCAUGCAUGCAAAUACAACAUAUAUAAAUAAAUAAUCUGUCUGCACACAGAUGAUUCCAUUUCUUUGUAAUAAUACUAUGUCCAAACUUUAUGUAUGUAUCAUCAACAAAGGAAGGCCUAGUCCUUCAUCACAUUUACGUAUUUAUUUUUAACCAAA